AUGCUCAAGAGCUUCAUAUCGGUUGGUCAAUUGGGCCACAAUGCCGCCAGAAUCGCCCGGCGAGUCCGAUUCCAGCCAGCCUUUCAGACACCCGUCACUGCCGUGCGACAGAGGAGAGCUUUUCGCUCGCUCCCAUGCUUGCGGGCAUCCGAAGAACAGCCAAGAAUACAUGACAGAAACGAACUAGAUCCCCAGCGAUCUGAGACCACAAAGACCGGUACCGACAAUGAAGUCGCGAGCCAUCACGCGGCCUACGAUCCAAAUACCACUUCCCCCGAAAGCGAAAUCGAUCAAGCCGAGCAGGAAACCAAUCAGGGAGGCAAAGUCAGCAAUCCCUUGGACGUAAGUCCUGCGAACAAAGAUGUUAGUGGAGCACGCGAUCCGCAAGAAGGAGGCCCGGACCACAACGCGGAGAAGGCGGGACCAAGCAGGAGAGGAUCGCCGAGGAAGGGAAAGGAGGUACACGUGGGAGGUAGAAAAUAA